AUGCAAACAGGUGGACAGGAUAAAUGUGCAGGAUACAUUAUCCUUGUUGAUAGUUCUGGCGCGGAUGUAGGCGUGGAGUGUAUAAGCCAAGGACUCUUUACUCUAGAAAGCCUGAAUCUUCCACAGAUAUCGCAACCCCAUCGAGACCAGUCCUCGAACGAAACUAUCUCGAACACGCCGGAUUGCAAACAGAAUUCUACCGAUUCGACGGGAGCUAAGGAAAUGGAACAGGUUGCACGAGAAGCAGGACCGGUUUCUUCGGAAGAGGCGCGGAUUGUUCCCGUAAAGCCACCCCGUAAUCGAGUCAGAGUGAAGAAGCGAAUCUGGUCCUCCGCGCUAACAGGCCAGCUAGAGAAUAUCACGAAUUCCUCUUCGGAGGUGGGUGGAACCACGAAAGUGGUACAGGCUCAGAUCGAGGGGAAUCCUGUAAAUUGUGCAUCGAGCCAGGCCUUCGAGCCUUUCCGUUGCGAUUACGGCAAUUCUUCGCGGAAUGGUUCCAGUCAGAACCAUCUCAAACCUGAAAAAGCCAGGAAACUGUCAUCUGGAUUCGGGAAGAAAUGGAAGAACCUGAAGAAAGCGUUAAUUAGCUCAAGUUCCGAGCAACCAACGUUGUUCAAAGGCACAGAAACGGACAAUACUGAAAGACUGAACGUUCCAGCGAGAACUUUGAAGCCAUACUCACCUCUGCAGUAUUCAGCCAUGCUCCAAAAAAGUCGGCUCGUCGAUGCAUCGACCUCGACGAGGAUAAGUGCGAACGCGAGAGCGCAAAAUGACGAAACCGUCGCGAAACGCGGGAGCUUGCACAAUAAUGUCGAAACACAUUCGACGCGAAAUGAUUCUCCUUACCCAAACACGGGAACCUUGCAAGAAGUCGCGUCGCUGAUCAACGAUCAAUCCGUCGACGGGAAGUUGCUCUGUGACGUCAGUAUUAGAGGUCUGGCGAUGAACCAGGCACAAUUUUUGGAUCUGUUCGAAGCUAGCGAAGGCAGCACUCGGACAGCUUCCAUCGUCACCACAGAGGAAGCUUCUAUAAUUUCCAUCAAGUUCCAUCGUCCGAGGAACACAAACGAAAACCUUCAAACGAGCGACACUUCUUUCUUCGAGUGUCCGUUGAAGAAAUUGUACAAAAAUCUGCCGGAAAUAUUCGAGAUUUCGCCGAUUUCUAAGCUGUUCAAAUCGCAGGAGGUGUCGGAAAGGAGCAAUCCUGUCGCUCCUUCUAUCCACGUCUCCGAUCACUCGAGAUCGCUGAAUAAUUCGAGAAACGAGACCUCUUACAUAGCGUUUCCUAACGUGACGAACAGAUUCGUCGCUGACGAGUCGGUGUCCAGCAGGAAGAGAACCUUGUCUAAACGAUUCGGUAACAGUCACACGACUAGAUUCACCGAAGAACGCCGAAUAUGA